CGUGGAUUUUUUUUCUAAUAGUUGUGAGUUUUCUGUUUUUUGGUUUUCACAAUGAGUAGUUAUGAGUUUUGGUUUAGUGAUGAGGAGGAUGAAAUCGAGGAUUUACAUUUUGAAACGGUGCGAGUUGAGCGUCGCAGAUUGAGGGAUUUGAGUAAUCCCUUGGAUAUGCCAUCAAAUUUAUUUUUAAAUUACUUUCGUGUAUCGAAAGAGCUUUUCCGAUAUUUAUUGAACAUUGUGGAUGGCAAAUUAGGAGGAACCAAAUCUUCAUAUGUGCAGCCGAUGUUAAAGCUCUCAGCUGCGUUGAGAUUCUUCGCUGAAGGGAGCUAUCAGAAAGGUGUUGGCAACGAUUUCUUUGCUGGAAUGGCACAACCCACACUAUCGAAGGCAUUAUCCGCUGUUAUCGAUGUGUUCGAAGCAGAAAUUUGUCCAGCAGCAAUAAAAUUCCCUGUUUCAGAAGUCGAAAAGCGUGAAAUCAAGCACAGCUUUUACGAAAAAACUGGAUUUCCCGGCGUAAUAGGUUGCGUGGAUGGUACGCAUGUCAGGAUUGUUAAGCCUGUUGGUGAUAUUCAGCACCUAUAUUACAACAGAAAAGGCUUUCAUAGUUUGAACGUUAUGCUUGUCUGCGAUCAUAAACAGAUGAUCCGUUACGUGGAUGCAAACAGUCCCGGUGCCAAUCACGACUCGUUUAUUUGGAAUAAUAAUCCAUUAGAUGUUGAGUUGAGUCAGCAAUACCAGAAUGGAGAAAGAAAUACUUGGCUUUUGGGAGAUGCAGGAUACCCUUUAAAACCUUAUUUGAUUACACCAUUCCGUAGUUCUGGCGAUGCAAGGCAGACUAAAUUCAACGAAAUUCACUCUAAAACAAGGAUGCUAAUUGAGAGAACUAUAGGAGUAAUGAAGAAUGUGUUUAGGUGCAUCUUAGGAGCUCGUCAGCUGCACUACAAACCAGAAAAAGCUGCAAAAAUUGUUAAUGUAUGCUGUGCUUUGCACAAUUUGAGAAAACAAUUUAAUCUUCCAGAUGAUAACUUUGACGAGUUGAUUGAUAUUCAUCAAAUUGAAGAUAAUGCACAUGAUAAUGAAAAUGAUGCAUCAGCAAACGAAAUAAGACAGCAAAUAAUGUACUCUAUCGCUUGAAUACUACAUGAAGGAAAUAUAAAUGUUGAAAAAUAGUUAGUAUAAAAGCCCACAUUUUUGGAAUCAUAAACAAGAAAGAAGACAAUAUGGACUUCAAAAAUACUCCAGGUUAAUUUAA